AUGGGCUGGAGGUUUUUCCUUCUCGUGGGCAGUUUGAGUGGCCUCGCUGGGUUCAUGAUCUUCCGCACACCGCCGCUUUGUGGGCGUUUUCCUCAGUAUUUUAAGCACUUCUGCACGACCAGAGUGACCAUGAAGUAUUUAACCCAAGACGAAGCACAAAAAAUAGAUCAAGAGUUGUUUAAUGAGUAUUCGUUCAGCGUGGACCAGCUGAUGGAGUUGGCUGGAUUAAGCGUGGCUGUAGCUCUUACCAAAGCGUAUCCCAGAGGACCUAGUCAUCCAAACCUUCUGGUCUGUAGCGGCCCUGGUAACAAUGGAGGCGAUGGACUAGUUGCGGCUAGGCACCUUAAGAUGUUUGUAUGUCUGUUUAUGAUAAAUAUUGUCAAGAGAGAGUAGAUCCCCAUGCAUAUAAACUAUGCAUCAGGCAUUACAUUGUUAUCAACUACAUUCUAUAAGCUGUGCAGUACACCUUUAAAUUCUUAUAUUAUAUUAUUUUUUUUUCCAUUAAAACGAACAAUGGAAAAAAAAAUCACUUAUUAGAAUUCUGCCUCAAAAUUCUGGCUUAAAAGCCCUAAGUUUAUUUAUUUACAGUUUGGGAGGGGUUUAUAUAGAUCUGGAGGGCUUUAAGAGCAGUUUAACAAAGAGAUUCUCAAAACAAGCAGUUUCUAAAACAUGCUUUAUUUUGCCCCAAGAAAAACAUGAAAAAAAAACUUCAACUUACUGUAACAGGACAAGAACAUGUAUCUUUAAGCCCAAUUAUUUAUAUCAAUACUGUGUAGUUACAAAUAGAUGGACUUAAAGAAGGGGGCAGCUAAGCCUAAAAAAAUAGCCAACAUUUCACAAUGCCACCACUUGUCUCCUCAAAAAAUGUUGUGUGAUGAGUGCAGGGUAGUGAGUACCCAGAUCUGGACAGCACUUCUGUUUGGAUGAAGCAAAUUUUAAAGUAAUCUGAAGCACAAACCAGAUCUGGGAAGUACAUGUAGCAUAUUAUCGUGAGAAAUUUCUGCACUCGUUCUUCAGUCUUUCCUUUGAUAGGGAAACCAGUGGUGACGAUGAGAAAUGCCUGCUGUUUUCUCAACCUAGGGGAAGGUUUAACCAGGAUUUUAGGCAUACUAAAGAUAUGGGGUUUACAGAAGGAGGGUGGGGUGGGGUCUACAGCUGAAAUCUGAGAUGAAAACAAUUAUUAUAUUGUAUGGAUGGGUUGACCGAAAUAGGUAUUAAGCUCAGCACAUGAAAAGUUCAAUGUUUGAACUGGGCCUUAGAGACAAUAAUCACAAUCUUAAUCAUACUUGAUAUUACCCACAGUGCAUCACCCACCAAAAAUGAUAAGCCCAGGAGACAAGACAACAUUUAGGGCCUGUUUACAUGGAGGUGGGGGACCCCAGGUAGGUGAGGUAACCCGCUUAGGUGGGGUAAAAAAAUAACCCGCCUUUACAUGCAAUCUUACAACCCCGCCUUCCCGGGGUGCACUUUCUCAAGAUUAUUGAAUGGUCGCUAAGCACGUAAACAAGAAAAAUGCUGGCAAACCACGAGUUUUGGCGAUUAAUGCACUUUUUCACUCACUUGUUGCUCUUGCUGCAACCCGUCAGUGCAAUAGCUUUCUAUUGUUAACUUUAAUCAUAAUGCAAAGACACCGCGAAAGUGAAUUUUGCGCGAAUUUGAUGUAUCACGAAUCCGACCCCGGCCAGGCGGGUUACCCCACCUUGAAACGUUUACAUGACAAAUUGUGACCCCGGCUGAGAGGGUAACCCGGUCUGGUAGACCGGGCUACCCGCCUUGGAGGGUCACCCCACCUAUCAUGUAAACGUGAUCAAAUGAAAAUGAGAGAUUAUAUGGACAGGCGGGUUACCCCACCUAAGCGGGUUACCUCACCUACCUGGGGUCCCCCACCUCCAUGUAAACAGGCCCUUACUCUAGAUUCGUAGCAGACAAUAACCAAAAAUAAUACAGCAAAAAAACCAAACUAAACAUAAUAACAAAGAACUUCAUAUGCGUUCAUAAUAUUAUUGCACUUAAAACUUGAUACUGGCCAGUGUUAUUGUUGAUUAGAGACUCUUCCUUAAUAAUAGUGAGAUUUGUUCACUGUUAUAUUAGGGAUACAAUCCAAAGAUUUAUUAUCCCAAGAAGUCAGAGAAACAGAUUUUCAAAAACCUUGUGACACAGUGUGAAAAGAUGGACAUACCAUUCAUUCCUGAGUUACCAUCGUCAAGCCAGAUUAAUGAACAAUACAGGUUGGUGGUCGAUGCUAUUUUUGGCUUCAGUUUUAAAGGGAAUGCAAGGCCACCAUUUGGAGAUGCAUUAUCAACCUUGAAGGAUGUUAACAUUCCUGUUUGCUCAGUGGACAUCCCUUCAGGUAAAUAAUAAUAAUGAUGAUAAUUAUUAUAAUGAAUUGGAGGUAGCACAUCUACAAAGUGGUUCUUCGUCUACCUGAUUCCUGAUCGAAUUGGAAUUUGGAAAUGUUGGUUUUUGAGGAGAGGGGAAAACCAGAGUACCCGGAGAAAAACCUCUCAGAGCAAAGGAGAGAACCAACAACAAACUCAACCCACACUAGUAUGGCGCCGACCCCGGGAUUUGAACCUGGGCCACAUUGGUGGAAGGCAAGCACUCUCACCACUGUGCCAUCCCCGAGGCGAGUGCUCUCACCACUGUGCCAUCCCUUGCUCCCCAGGUUAGACGAGAUAGAGAAGAAAUGUACAAUAGAAUUGUAAGACCAUGUUCUUCAAUGGCAGCUCAAUAAUAUCAUUACUACAGGUAGUCUUUAUUAUAUGGCUGAAUCAACAAGGGGACAAGGUGAAGUGUAUUCUGUGUUCUAAUUGGCCACACAAGUAGGCCAGUUAGACCCAUCUUGCCCACUCGGGACUCUCUGAGUUGGUCUGCAAGAAAAAAGUUCUCUUUUUGGUCAUAUAGUAAAUUCUUUACUGAUUUUGAGCCUGGUUAAAAAACACAUACUUACUCCUUCCAGUUGACGGAAUUCAAAAGAAUUUUUGCAUUAAAUUGAGGCCAUUGUGGGUAAUUAAUAUGAACAUAGAAGAAUAAUAAUGAAAUGUUUCACCAUUCAUUAAAAAGUCCUAACUCGUAUCUCAUCAAAUUUAAUCAAUAUUACUAGUAUUUUAGACUCAAAUUUAAAAUUUUAUAAUGAUUUCAGGCUGAGUUCUUGUGUGCCCAGAAUGUAUAGAGCAGCAGUGAAUGUUAUAACAUGCUAAGUAGUCAUGCAUAGAAAAUAAAACAAAUCAGCAACACUGCUGCCACAAAAAGUUAAUUAUAACUAUAAAGCUGACCAUUGAAUUUAUUUCUCGAGACUCAAAAAGAUCAUAAGGGUUACAUGACCAAGCUGUAAACUAUAAGAUGGUUUGUUUUCACUGAUUACAUACACAAAUCAAUGUUAUUAGGUGAUGCCAGUAUGGUUGGCUCUUAAAGUAAACUAGUUGGACACCUUGAUAUUUUGCAGAUGGCUUAAGUGGGUUCAAUCCAAGGGAGUUUGCCUUAGACUUACUAACCCUUUUUUGAGUCCAGGACUGACUUCUGUCCCUUGUUCUUCAAUUAACUUUUAGGUUGGCAUGUAGAAGAUGGAAAUCCUGAUGGAAUUCAACCAGACUUCUUGAUCUCUCUCACAGCUCCAAAACUUUGUGCUAAACACUUUCAGGGCACAUUUCAUUUCUUAGGUGGCAGAUUUGUGCCCGAGUCUCUAGCUCAAAAGUACAAUUUGUCUCUUCCAGAUUAUCCUGAAACAGAGCCUUGCAUGCUGUUAACUGAAUGACUCCCUGAGAGUCAAUCGCCCCAAAAGUGUCGUUUGUAAAGUUAUAAGUAUCACAGGCCCCACUCUCAACUCUUGAUCCCGUCAACAUAGUGCAACGCUGAUAGGAGCACUUUAAAAAUAUUUAAAGUAGAUUAUUUUCGGAGUCUUAGGUUAAUGUAAACAAGUUACAGUACUGUUAGGGACUGGUAAAAAAGUAAAAGGGGUGGGCUGGAGCAUUUGGAAAUGUGGUUGAUAAAAAAAAUUAUGGCCCACCCCCUCUCUUCGGCACAAAAAUGACUGAUCCACCCCCAAAGCAAGGUUGAAAAUCACUUGACCCACCCCCUGGUAUUAAAACAUGGAUUUUUGGUUUCCUCUUGAUAAUC